GCCGCCCCGGAAGUAGAUGAUGGCGAGGUGCCCGGAUGGUGGGAUGAGUGUCAGGCUCAGCGCCGACAUGAUUAAACAUUAUGAAGCGCUGGAUUUCCAGUUCUGCGACGAGGUCGGGAAGUACGAGAAGCUGGCGAAGAUCGGGCAGGGCACUUUCGGGGAGGUGUUUAAAGCACGUCAUCGCCAGACAGGCAAAAAAGUAGCUUUGAAGAAAGUCCUGAUGGAAAAUGAAAAGGAAGGGUUUCCUAUCACAGCCCUGCGAGAGAUAAAAAUUCUACAGCUGCUGAAACAUGAAAAUGUGGUGAAUCUUAUUGAAAUCUGCCGCACUAAAGCCACGCAGUAUAAUCGCUACAAGGGCAGCAUCUAUCUAGUAUUUGACUUCUGUGAGCAUGACCUCGCUGGAUUGCUCAGCAAUGCUAAUGUGAAGUUCACACUGGCAGAAAUCAAGAAGGUGAUGCAGAUGUUGCUGAAUGGGCUAUAUUACAUUCAUCGCAACAAGAUUUUGCAUCGAGACAUGAAAGCAGCGAAUGUAUUGAUCACCCGGGACGGUGUUCUGAAACUGGCUGACUUUGGUCUAGCUCGAGCAUUCAGCCUAGCCAAGAAUAGCCAGCCGAACCGCUAUACCAACAGGGUCGUAACACUAUGGUACCGGCCACCAGAGCUCCUGCUAGGUGAGCGAGAUUAUGGACCACCCAUAGAUCUGUGGGGAGCUGGAUGUAUCAUGGCUGAGAUGUGGACUCGAAGUCCCAUAAUGCAGGGUAACACAGAACAACAUCAGUUAACCCUGAUCAGUCAGCUCUGUGGCUCCAUCACAGCAGAGAUUUGGCCAAAUGUUGAAAAGUAUGAAUUCUACCAAAAACUGGAAUUACCCAAAGGUCAGAAACGAAAGGUCAAAGAUCGGCUAAAGGCUUAUGUGAAAGAUCCUUACGCACUGGACCUCAUUGACAAGCUGCUUGUUCUUGACCCUGCCCAGAGGAUUGACAGUGAUGAUGCACUUAAUCAUGAUUUCUUCUGGACUGACCCCAUGCCUUCUGACCUCAAAAAUAUGCUCUCGACACACAACCAGUCAAUGUUUGAAUACUUGGCCCCACCUCGGAGACGAGCUAGUCACAUGCCUCAGCAAUCAACAACUCAGAACAAGAAUCCUGCUGCUGCCAACCAGACAGAGUUUGAUCGUGUGUUCUGAAUGUGUCUGAUGAGGUUAAUGGAUCAGAGACAGGUUAUGUUAUUUAUGUGAUGGUGCCAUAUCUGAGCUGUUGUGAUUUAAAAAUAUUGAACUGCCUACACACUAAUUGUGCCUGAUCAGGUGUUGAUACCCUGGUAGCAGUACUUCUCUUCCAGAACCAAAAGCUGAACUGAGGUUUCAGAAGUGACAUAUUGUCGAGGCUUUGGUUAAUUUCAGUUUUUUAUCUGGGGAGCAUCAGUUUAAGAUUGUUCUGGAGGUUUUUGUUAACUGUUGCAAUUGUUUCAUCAUUGGCUGAUUGCUGAUUAUCUACAUGUCUGAGCCACCCAUAGUGCCUGUCCAUGUGCAUCUGGUGGAGUGCUAGAUUCUGGGUUUGUUCAUUGAUCUCCAUGAUGUGAGUCACCUGCCAGUUGAGAAGCUGAUGGUGCUUCAGUGGGAAGGGAAGAUGAGCAGUAGCCUGGGAGGUUGCCUCUCAUCCCAGUAAUGAGAUUUGGAAACUUGGGGAAGGGUAUGAUUUAUAGUCACUUAAUUUUACUGAGGAUUGAGGACUUAAAUCUUUGGAUGCUAAGGCAAUUGCUUUUAAAAGAGGUGGAGCUCUCACAAACAAUAGAUCAUUUGGAAACUUCUAUGAUAAACACUUACCAUGACAUCAUUUGUUGGUGAAAACAUCAUCUUUGAGGUCCUGGCUGUUUCUCCCUAAAGCCAAAAAUAACUGGAUAUUUGCUUCUCUUUAAGGCAUUAAUAUUGUAAACAGAAUUGUGCUGUACAUUUGUUGAAGUUUUCAAAAAAAUGUAUAUUUUUAAUUAUAGCAAAACGUGUUUCUCACAAGUUGAUAUUUCAGACCUGUUUGUAGUCAUUGCUGUUUGGUGAUGCAUUCCAUUUGCAAUGAUGGAUUUCUGAUUACUGAUUCUUGUUCUAAUGUUGCCGUGUUAGAGUGCUCACUUAGAGCUGGCUGGAUUAAGGUGAAUUGAGUAAACUUUCAAGUUACAUGUUUUAAUUCCAACAUUAGUAUUUUGAGAAGUGUGAUCUUUUUCUGUCUCUUCUCUAGUCUACCCACCUGUUUUGAUGCAGUGGUUCUUAGCUAGCUGGGUCUUGUGAUCAAAACCACCGACUGAUUGCAGUGUUCUUCAAUAUCCCAAAGUGUUGUACAUUCCAGAGACUGGGAUGGGAAGACUUCAAUUCAUUCAUGGAAAUGCAGUACUUCUUUUGAAUGGGUUCAUUUGAAGACAGUAUUGGCUAAGCUGCUUUUGUGAAAUUGAAAGCUGUCUUAAGCAGUUCCUUAAUUACAAUUUAAUUAACGAUCCAUUAUUAAUGUCUAGAGACCAAUUUGUCCACUGGUGGUGCAGGACCAUUCUUGAUUGUCACUGGUACUGUCAGAACUUUGCCUCUGGAUGCUGUUUAUGUUACAGAAUUGAAAUAUCAUUUAAGAUUUAGCCCUUGUGGUGAGGUGCAAGAGAGACACAAUUUAGGAAGUGCAGUUAAUGUGCAAUUUUUCAGUAUAAGCAAUUUCAUGAUGCAGAUUUCGUUACUUGUACAGUGCAGGUUUAGUGGAAAUUAGCUAUCAUUUUGUAGUAAAGUUCAUCAUCAAUGUUGAAUAUGAAUUCUACCUUGUUCCAGAUUUUAAAAUAAACUGU